AUGUCUGGAAGUAGUAAGGAUGGGAAAGAUGAAAUUAAAACUUCUUCAAUAAAUAGACACUCUCUGUCGACACUGGGCGUUUCCAGCAGCAGUACCUCUGGCACACCAGGUAGCGACGAAAGGAGUAUUGCUGAUACGAAUGAUUUACUGAAAAAUAUGCACGCGGGUCUUUCCGCGAGCGAUCAGGCGCUUGACGUCACGUCUGAUGGUAGUCAUAGUUCACAGUCCAGCCGUCUUGCCGCACCUAGGAUUCUAAACAGUAUUGAGAGUGAUGCCAAUGCAAUCGCUUCGAAUUUGGACGAAAUCCUUCGGGAUUUGAGAGGCUCUUUACAUGGAAUGAGUGAUUUGACAGUUGAAAGCUCUGACUGUUACGCUGAAACAAUUGGAAGUACCUGUGACGCGGCUGAUGCUGCCGUCAAAAAUACUUACGCACUCCUCGCGAAAGUUGAAGAACUUGGAGAAAUUAUGGGUAAUCUUCGCAGCGUUGCUCAGCAGAUUAAAGAAAUCAAACAAAUUGUUGAUUCCUUCGAAAUUCAGUUUGUCUCCGGUCUUGUGUAA